GUGGAUAGUGGCGGUCGGGCUAAAGUUAUUGAAAAUUCAUAUAAAUCAUAAUUAAUUUGUGACAAAAGUAUUUUGUGUGGUGACCCUGGAUGUGUUGAAUGUUUCUAGUCCUAAUCGCUAAUUUUUACAAACGAAAUACCUUGCUAGUCCGUCUGAAUCUCGGCCGGCUGCGCUAGGAUAUUUUCCUGAAUUUUUUGGUCUUCGAAGCCUCUGUUCGUAUGUAAUGGGCGAAAGUGACUGGAGACCGUUCAUAUACGGCGGUCUGGCGUCGAUCGUCGCGGAAUUUGGUACAUUCCCAAUAGACACGACUAAGACUCGCCUUCAGAUCCAGGGCCAGAAGAUAGACCCGCGUCAUGUGGAGCUACGGUACACCGGCAUGGUGGACUGCUUCGUGAAGACCUCGCAGCAGGAAGGGGUCAAGGCUUUGUACUGCGGCAUCUGGCCAGCAGUGUUGCGGCAGGCCACGUACGGCACGAUCAAGUUCGGCACGUACUACUCGCUGAAGCAGUGGAUCGCGGUGCGGCGCGCGGACGGCGGAUCCGUGGAGCACCUGCCCACCAACACCUUCUGUGCGGCCUUCGCCGGCGGAUUCUCCAGCGCCGUCGCCAACCCCACCGAUGUGCUCAAAGUGCGCAUGCAGGUGGGCGACGAAAAGCGCGGCCUGGUUCGAUGUUUCGCCGACAUCUACCGCCUCGAAGGGACACGCGGGCUGUGGCGCGGCGUGGGCCCGACGUCGCAGCGCGCGGCGGUGAUCGCGGCGGUGGAGCUGCCGGCGUACGACGCGUGCAAGCGGCGGCUGCUGCCGGCGCUGGGCGACUCGCCCGCCAACCACUUCGCGUCCAGCUUGCUGGCCAGCCUCGGGAGCGCCGUGGCCAGCACGCCGCUAGAUGUUAUACGAACAAGACUAAUGAACCAAAGAAAAGUGAAGGAUCACAUAGCGAAACCAAAUGAAAGGAUAUACAGAGGGACCAUAGACUGUUUCUUACAGACGGUGCGCAGCGAGGGCGGGCGCGCGCUGUACAAGGGCUUCGUGCCGACGUGGCUGCGCAUGGGGCCGUGGAACAUCAUCUUCUUCCUCAGCUACGAGCAGCUCAAGCAGUUCUACUGAACCACCGCCACCGGCCACAGCCGCCUGCAAGAUUCCAAAGGAUACUAACUCCGCGGGAUGCGAUCCACGUAGGGAGUAAAAAGCUUAUAGUAGCAACCGAACCGAUUCGAUGCCGAUGCGGUACUGUUUGAAACUAACAACACUAUGCACAAACUUGCUUUAAAAUCUGUAGUUUCUUAACACAAGAAACUUACACCCAUUUUGGCUAUCCUGUUAUCUAAUCGAUCAUCACCAGAGGAAUCCUGGAUAAAUUACCGCAAUAACUAUGAACUAUUCCAUCAUUUUGUAUUCUUAAACGACACCGAAAGAUUUUGGCAACAUCCUUGGUGAUGAGUGAAUAAAUGGAGUAUAUGGGUGAGUACUAGAAAAUUAUUGUUUCUUCCCAAGACUUCAAAAACUUGCCAAUUUUUGGUAUGAUCUUGCAUUUUUUUAAAGUUAAACUUUUAGAACCUGCAUUAUUAAUGUAAAAAGUAAGUUAAAAAUUGUAGAAUUUGAUUCCACUGUACUGGGUUGAAGGAGCUUAUGUUACGUAGUACCCAGUAGUUCCUUCUCGUUACCUAAAGUAGUGAGCGUAGUGUAGUUGUUAGCUGGAUUGUGCUUGGUAGUAGUGAUAAAUGCGCUUCAAAUCUAUGAUUAGUAAAUGUGCUGCCUUCGACGAAAAAAAGGAAAAAAGGAUUCUUUUAUAUUUCUCCUUAUUCUGACUGCUAAAUAAGUGACAUCUUUGUAAUGUUCAAUGAUUUGUUCUUUGGCUAUUUUCAGGUAUUGUAAGCAUUUUCCCAAUAAAUUAAUUACUUUUUCCUCACCACUAUAUACCAUAAUGUCUUCAUAUUAAUCAACUUGAGCAGAAAUAACGUGUUCUCAGUUCUUAAGCACUCAAGAAACUUUGACAUAUCAUCUCAACAAGUUGAGGUGGCAUAUUUACUGAUCAGAGAUCUGAAUUGAAUGAUCAAAGAGUGAGAGAGAUGUAGCCGUCUAAUGAAUUAGUCGUUUCAAAACGCUUAAUUGUAGGGUGUUUUAGAGGAAAUAUUUAUUUAAUUAUAGAUCAUACUUAUCCAUAGACAACCAACCUUUUCGUGUCUAUAGUAGUUUCAGCCAGUAAAUAUUUUCCAUCCUAUAUCCUGCCUUUUGUACUACAAUAUCUACUAAAAUAUUUAAUUAAGUGUCUGAGUUACAAUCAGUUCUGUUAACUUUAUUUAUAGCAUUUAUUUGUUUGUUGACUGAAAAACUUUUUUUAUAAGUAAACGAAAUGACGUAUAUUAUUUUAAAUUUGCCAAAUGAAUAGUCAAGAAAUGCAAGUAUUUUCGCUAGUUGUACUGUUACUAUCAUCACAGUCAGUUUGUGUAAAUUGAUUUGUUCAUUAUAAUGAGGUUAAUAAUGUUCUAUUGUAGGGAACAUGUAAAAAUUGUGAUUCUUUAUUAAAAAGAACUAUUCGAAAUAGUUCUGUAAUAGUGACUAAAGUAACUAGAAAAGAUCUUUUUUUCAUAUUGUAUGUAUGUAAAUAGCUGACCCAAAGGCAUUGAUCUCAUAGCAAGAGCAUGUAUUAAAUAUGUUUUUAUUUAGUAGUUAUGUUAUGUAUUAACAUUUUAAUGGUAUUUUUGUAUGAGAUCAAUGAGCAUAAUCUUAUGGUCUAUUUUUCAUAUUUGUAUUGAUUGUGAAAUCGAUAGAUUGUAAAAUUACGCGGGUUUGUAUGUAUAGCGUAAGAUUAGGUAGAAUAAGUAGACAAUUUAUUUCUAAAAAGGAUAUGUUCUGUAAUGGCAGUUGCUUUGCCGAUGUCUUCUCAUCUGAUGGAGCUGUAUUUUUGCCACUUGCCACCAUGUUUUGAACGGGGAAAUCAUCGGAAUAACUUGAAUAAACGCCUAUUAGAACAUGUCCCGAAGUUGCUUUCCUAUUUAUACUGUUGUGUGAUUCGUUGUUGAUUAGUAUUUUGUAAACACUAUUUGCUAUACGAGCGUAUAUCUUCACUGUUUCGACAGUUUUUCCUAAAACGUGUGAGAAUAUUUUGAUAUUUUUUAACAUACACUUGUUAGGCGAUUUUUGUGUAAAAUUUAAAAUGCUUUAUUUAGGUGUAGCUCAAAUGUAACCACCGUUGGUUUCUGAGGGAUAAAAUAUUCUAUUUAAUAAAUAUUAUUUACCUAUGGACAAAAACUAUUUAUUUUAAAGUUAUCUUGACAUGUUUUGAAAUUAUGUAAGAAAGAAAAAUGUUAUCUAGGAUAUUUUGGCUGACAAUUUUCAUGAAUUUCUUAUAAAUUCAGUAAUAAAUUUCGUUGGCUAAAGUCACAAAUUGAACAUUAAUUUUAAGGUGCAAGUUAGUUAUCAUUGAAUGGUGAUCUUUUUCGUAUAAUUUUGUACUGUACUUAGGCCCUCUUUUUGUUACUGGUGAACGUGUUGUGUAGGUACAAAGAAUUAGCCAAAAUAUUAAUCGAAUAAAUCUUAUACAAAGUAUAA